GAUCGGUCGCGCAUUCAGUGGCCGAUCGGCGCGAGUGUCACACGCCUAAGUCCAACCGACACAUCGCUGUUCGGUUCCCGUGGCAAUGUCGUGCCACGCUUUUCCGAUCGGAUUCGCAACGCGUUACCGAUACGUGCACGACGUCCAUGUCGCGUACUGAACACUUUAUUGCCGAUACUCUCAUAACACGUCGUUGCACGAACGACUGCGCCGCAGCGUGUAGCCCCGUCGUUCGGAGGAUCAACUUGCCGGUCAUUUUUUUUUUUUUUUUUGUCCUAUUCAAAUUAAUAACAUCCGUCGCCCCGUCGAUGCCGCAGUUGUUUCUAUCGGUUUUGAAUAUAUUUUCGGGUUUGCAAUCCAAUUUAUUACGCGACACAUGGACGCUCAUAUUUAUGGAAGAAGACGAUUAUCAGUGGUGGACCGAGGAGGACCUGUGGAAGUUUCCCCCGCCGCCUCCCCGUCCACCGUUCCUGGAGCCCCCUUAUCCGGACGGCCUGACCACUUGCGACCUGUGCACAUGGGCCCUACAACCUCUAGACGGCACUGACAACGUUGUUCAGCGGACACAAUAAUAUAACAUGACCGCAUGAAACAAAAUUCUUUUCCGAAGGAAUAAUAAGACACCGAACACCGUCGGUAUUCUACAGUUGAUAUCAAAUUAAUUAUUCAAGAAAGAUUUUGUAUAACGCGAUGAAAAAAUAAAUCUACGACCGUCGGUGGUUUUUUCUUUUAUCGGUGAAUGAUUUCUUGUCGAUCUCAUUAUUCUUCAUAGUUGACGAAAAAUGACGGUAAUUCGAAACUCACCUGAUGUAUACAGCUGAAUUUGUUGUGUUUACCGCCAAUAUUUACAUAUAUUUACGCUCCGAAACCUUUUCAACUGUACAAACAAGACAUACCCGGCUCUCCAAAAUCUCAUGUGUAUUAGUUUAUCAGUUCAUUGAAGCCGCAUAUAGGAAAAAAAAAGUAAGUAAAAUGAGUGGAAACAAGUCUCUCUGUGUAUAAAAUUCGAAUCCAUGGGGAGAGCUCGUUAGAUCAUACAACGAAGACAGUGGCGAUGAAAAACCGGCUUCGGAAAUAUUAAAAUGUAUGGUCUUCGAGUCUUCUACCGAAAAAACAACUUGAACAAUGUUAGGAAAACAAAUAAAAAACAUACACGCACACCCGGCUAUACCGCAUACACAAAAGGUCAUCGAAUAUACUCAUACAUUGUCAACAAAUUCAAAACAUUUCCCCGUAACUUGUGGCCUCAUUGAUGUAUCUUAGGAAUUAUGUAUGCAUAAAAUAUAAGUACCGAUUACUAUAAAAUAACCAUAUCAGGAAAACAUAACACGCAUAUAACUCAUAUAUACACAAAUGUCAAUUCAUGUUUAAUUUUUCGUCAUUAUUUUCGGUAUUCGUCAAUUGCGCCGAAUUUAGGACACUACCUGUAUAGUAUACAUCUAUUGCGUUGGUUUAAAAAAGGUAUAUUUAAAAUGUAUACAUCUAUCGCGCCGAUAUAACAACUAUACCAGUGUUUCUCAAAGUGAGCGUUAGAGUUUUCCAGGGGGGCAAUGGAAGUUACAAACUUAAUUGGGGGACAUUUCAUUACAAAAAGAAGGUGGUAUUCUUAAAAUGAGCAUACCCAAAUGUUACCCCAAAUGGGUUUUAGAUCCAUUUUCAAAUAUAGAAACCAUAGAUUCUGCAAAAUAAGAACAAUUUAUAGAAGUAAUUACAAAUGAGGAGUUAAAAUUGAAGUUCAAGAAAGGUUACCAAGUAUUCUGGCUACAAAAGCAGAUAAGUACCUAUACUUUAUCCUGGAUUGUGGGCUGCUGUACAAACAUUUUUGAUCGCAUUUUCAUCAUUCUACUUGGUUGAACGUGGAUUUAGUGCAGUAACCAAUCUACUAACUAAAAAAAGAUAACCGUUACUAACAACUAAUCAUGGGUACUUAAGAAUGCUGUUUACGAAAAUCAAACCUAAUAUCAACGAAUUUCUAGCAAAACACCAACCAUAUCCAUCUCAUUAAGAUAUUUUUUUUCAUUUAUACCUAUAC